AUGGAUUUCUCCGGGGUAUUCGAUUCCUGGCCUCUGUUCCUCGACCUCGCGUCAGGGACGCAUAUGCCCAUCCGGUCGUUCCUCCUCAUGGUCAGCGGUGCAGAUGCGGCCGCUGUCGUUCCUCGCACAGACGAUGGUACGGAACUCCUCUACGCGACGGUGGAACCAUUGAAAGGGAGCACACAAAGCUGCAGAGGCACAACUCCAAAGGACACAGCACGCCCAGCAAGGUCGGCCGGCGCAGCGAUUCUCCCGAGUUCCAGCACCACCGCCCGCCGUCCGUCCGUCUAUGGCGGCGCCGACUACCGAUAUCAGCAGUACCAGCGCGGCGGCAGCAGCGAUAGCGACGAGCCCAGCUUCUUCCUUUCCCCCUCACCUUGUGCGUCCUCCAAGCUCAAGAUGACGGAACUGCACACGUACAAAAACUUUCUCAUGCACUGCUACUUCUCCAGGUGGUUUAGGGUGUGAGCACACUUGCAAGGGCUGAUGAUGAAGAAUUUCAAUGCUACUUGUUCUAUUUAGUGCAAGCUCUUCGUUGAAAGUUCAGGCACAACUUUCUUGUAAAACGCAGUAUGCCUUAUCAUUUUCGUGUGUGUUAAGAGUAAAAUGUGGGUCAACGGAAGCAGUCUUUGGCAUCCCUGACACACAUAAAGCUGAAUCGUAGUACAAGUGGUGUUCCAUGUGACAUGACACGGCAUCUUUGCUGCAUACCAAGACCAAAGUCUUUGGCCCCUACCAGACGAGCACUAUUGCACAUGCAGUUUCGCCUGGCAUGCAUUGCUGCACAACUUUUCUGUUAGUAGAGCCCUGUACAUGUGAAGAUUUUUUUUGUUACUAUUUUAA